ACUACAGCAAUCGCCCAUCGGCACCUCUGCAGAUAAAAAAGUCUCUCUACUCAUUUUCACUAACCCUAGCAUUCUCUCUUCCUCUCUCUACACCUCACCUUUCUCUCUCAAUAGACCAAACCCUAUCAACGCCAUGGCGUCACGGAGGCUUAUGGCCUCUCUCCUCCGAUCAACUGCCCAGCGCGGCGGCGCUAUUUCCAGAUCUCCAUUGGCAAAUUCCAUCCCCAAAACUACUUCACGCGCCUCCCCAGCGGGAUUCCUCUUAAAUCGUGCUGUUAAGUACGCUACCUCAGCUGCUCCGGCUGAUAAGUCAGCGACACCUCCUAAAUCCUCUGGUAAUGAGCCUUCCGGUAAGAUCACCGAUGAGUUCACUGGCGCUGGUUCGGUCGGGAAAGUGUGCCAGGUUAUUGGUGCUGUCGUGGAUGUGAGAUUCGAUGAAGGUUUGCCUCCGAUCCUUACUGCUCUUGAGGUUCUGGAUAACCAGAUCCGUCUUGUGCUUGAGGUUGCUCAGCAUUUGGGUGAGAAUAUGGUUAGGACUAUUGCUAUGGAUGGUACUGAAGGUCUUGUGCGUGGUCAACGCGUCCUUAACACUGGGUCUCCUAUCACUGUCCCUGUUGGUAGGUCCACCCUUGGCCGUAUUAUGAAUGUCAUUGGAGAGCCUAUUGAUGAGAGAGGCGACAUUACAACCGAUCACUUCUUGCCAAUUCAUCGUGAAGCUCCUGCCUUUGUUGAGCAGGCAACUGAACAAGAAAUUCUUGUUACUGGUAUCAAGGUUGUUGAUCUUCUUGCCCCUUACCAAAGGGGAGGAAAGAUUGGGCUUUUUGGUGGUGCUGGUGUGGGAAAGACCGUGCUUAUUAUGGAACUGAUUAACAACGUUGCAAAGGCACAUGGUGGUUUCUCCGUCUUUGCUGGUGUUGGUGAACGCACUCGUGAGGGCAACGAUUUGUACAGGGAAAUGAUUGAAAGUGGUGUUAUUAAGCUUGGUGAAAAGCAAAGUGAAAGCAAGUGCGCUCUUGUAUAUGGUCAAAUGAAUGAGCCCCCUGGUGCUCGUGCCCGUGUUGGCCUUACAGGAUUGACUGUGGCUGAGCACUUCAGAGAUGCUGAGGGGCAGGAUGUGCUUCUCUUUAUUGACAACAUUUUCAGAUUUACCCAGGCUAACUCAGAGGUCUCUGCUUUGCUUGGUCGUAUCCCAUCUGCUGUCGGUUAUCAACCAACUUUGGCUACAGAUCUUGGAGGUCUUCAAGAGCGUAUCACUACAACCAAGAAAGGUUCUAUUACAUCUGUCCAGGCUAUCUAUGUGCCUGCUGAUGACUUGACAGAUCCUGCCCCUGCAACUACCUUUGCUCACUUGGAUGCCACAACUGUGUUGUCCCGUCAAAUUUCUGAGCUUGGUAUUUAUCCUGCUGUUGAUCCACUUGAUUCUACAUCUCGUAUGCUCUCACCUCACAUUUUGGGAGAAGAUCAUUACAAUACUGCUCGUGGGGUACAGAAAGUUCUUCAAAACUACAAGAAUCUUCAAGAUAUUAUUGCCAUUUUGGGUAUGGAUGAGCUGAGUGAAGAUGAUAAGAUGACUGUUGCCCGUGCACGUAAGAUCCAGAGAUUCCUCAGUCAGCCUUUCCAUGUUGCCGAAGUUUUCACAGGUGCUCCUGGAAAAUAUGUUGACUUGAAGGAGAGCAUUAACAGUUUCCAGGGAGUCCUGGAUGGGAAAUACGAUGACCUUUCAGAACAAUCAUUCUAUAUGGUCGGUGGAAUCGAGGAGGUCAUUGCCAAGGCAGAGAAGAUUGCCAAGGAAUCUGCAGCUUAGAUUAUUAACUCCAGCAACUUUCUUUCAUUAUCUUCAUCGAUAACUACAGAAAUAAUUUAAGUUUCUGUGACACUUGGAUUUUUUCCUGGGAGGACUAAGGGGUCCAAGAUUUUCUGGUUUUUGUUUUUAUAUGCAAUCCGGAAUUGUGAUAGAGAAGACAUGGAGCUAAGGCUUACUUGCCAAACACCCACCCUUGACUCUCUGUUAUGUCGCAUAAUAAAGGGGGUAAAACGGCAAACUUGUAUAUUUUACUUUGAAUUCAUCUUGAGAAUGUUGGUUGCCCAAAUUAUGAGGGGUUGUCUUUUCAUUACUUUCGUCUUGAAUACUUUCUGGUUUCCAGUU